AUGGUAGGGAAAGCCAAAUUUUUCUUGAGAAGAGUGCCUGAGUGGGAAGAAAUGGUGCUAGAAAAUGGAGAAGAGAGGAAACUUGAUGCAUUUUAUCGUUUCAGUCGUCCUCAUACUGUUAUUGGCACUAUUAUAGGGAUAAUUUCGGUUUCUCUUCUUCCGGUAGUGAAUGUUGGUGAUUUGACUCCUACAUUUUUCAUGGGGUUGUUGAAGGCUUUGGUUCCCUCAAUAUUGAUGAAUAUUUACAUUGUAGGCUUGAACCAGUUGUUCGAUGUUGAAAUAGACAAGGUCAAUAAGCCCUAUCUUCCCCUCGCUUCUGGUGAAUUCUCCAUGAGAACUGGAACCGCAAUUGUUUCCACAUCUUUAUUCAUAAGUCUGGGUAUGGGGAUUAUUUCUAAAUCUCCACCAUUGCUUUUUGCCCUAGUCAUAGGUGGCCUGCUUGGAACUGUUUAUUCCGUCGAGCUUCCCUUUCUCAGAUGGAAGAGACACCCAUUUCUGGCUGCAAGCUGCAUCCUGCUUGUUAGGGCUCUUGUAAUUCAACUUGCUUUCUUCGUACACACUCAGAAAUAUGUGCUGCGUAGACCUGUGGUAAUCACAAAAUCAUUGUUAUUUGCUACCGUUUUCAUGUGCUUCUUCUCUACUGGUAUAGCACUAUUUAAGGAUAUACCUGAUAUUGAUGGCGACAGAGAUUUUGGCAUCCAAUCCUUCAGUCUCAGCCUAGGUCAAGAAAGAGUGUUCUGGCUUUGUGUUCAAAUGUUGUUGAUGGCUUAUGGAGCUGCUAUAAUGGUGGGAGCUUCUUCAUCUUUCCUACCAACCAAGUUUGUCACGAUAUUGGGCCACUGCACGCUUGCAUCGGCUCUGUGGCUUGGAGCUCGAUCUAUUGAUCUUUCGAGUAAAGCAUCAAUAACUUGGUUUUACAUGUUCAUUUGGAAGUUAUUUUAUGCUGAGUACUUCCUUAUUCCUUUUGUACGCUAA